AUGGCUAAAUCAGGUAGUAUGAGAAAAAAAGAGCUUUUUGAUGAUAAUUUAAGGGUAGUUUGGUUUAAGUUGACUCGAUUACUAAGAAUGAAUGAAAGAUUAGAUAAAAGCUUGACGGAAAGCAACAUCAUUAAAGAAGUGUUUUUUAUGUUAUCAAAUGUAUUUUUAUACUUUAAAUAA